ACACAUAUUCGAAGAAUAUACCUAACCUAACCUAACCUAUUUAUGUUUCCCACGUGUUUACUAGUGUGAACAAAAAUGUAAGAUUUGUAUUGCUUCUAAUAGAAAUCAAUAUUUGUUAAGGAAGGAAAAGCGAAAUUGAAAACUGCACAUUGAUAAGAAAAUUAUAACCUCGGAACUGACGUAGCACUCUAUAGUGAUUUUAAAAAUGUCGCGAAUAACCGAUGCAAAAGAAGUAAUUCUAACGAGUGACUCCACCGGGGAAAGCUGGGUUGCUGCAGUGUGGGAUCCUCGAAAUGGUUCUGUGCUGUCCACUUUCAGAAAUACGUCAGCGCUCGGUCCCCGCACUCUUCAACUUGUCGGCGACAGCUAUGUGUUAGGCGCCAAUGUCACAAAACAUCGUCUGCACGUUUGGCCGUUGAAUAACCCAUCACCCUUGGCCAACGUUCGACUGACCACACCAGGCAAAGUCAACGCUCUUACUUGCACACCAAAUGGUUCUUAUAUAAUCACUGCAGUGGGUGAGAAACUGUUCGUCUGGCAGAUUUGCAACGGUAAAUUGCUUAACACUCUGAAUAGGCACUAUCAAACCGUUACUUGUUUGAGCACCACGAAGGACGGUUCGUUAUUCGCAAGCGCCGGUGAGGACGGACUGCUGUUCGUAUGGUCACUUUACAGCGUGCUAAAUAACAAGUCUUGUUCUCCCCUGCAUUCUUUCUCGAACCACAGUCUGCCUAUCAGAGAUCUGUGCUUUGGUCAUGGCGAUGCUCGCGCGAGAUUAUACACAGUCUCGCUGGAUCGCACAGCAAACAUCUACGAGCUCGGCAGCGGAGCUCUUCUGGUCACGCUGGUUUGCGACGUACCGCUUACAGCAGUCGCUGUGAAUGUCUGUGAGAGCCAGCUCUUCGUGGGCUGCACGACUGGUGAUAUAUUUUAUCACAAUCUGCACGAACCACCGCGCGGAAUCGAGCAGCAUAUAAAAGUAAGCGAUGAGGAGCAGAAGAAUGUGCUCAGAGCUCACAAGUCAAAUGUGACCGCUUUAUCGGUAUCCGUGGAUUGUCGCACCCUGGUGUCCGGAUCUACCGAUGCAGCGGUUCAUGUCUGGGACAUUGUCAGCCGACAGGUGCUCAGGACGAUGGAACACAAAGGACCAGUUACCGCGGCAUUCUUCGCAAGAGGAUAUGAAAAUUUGUAUACCUCUAUUUUCAAAUCUGGCUUAGAGAUAGGUAAUCUAGAAAAUGUAACGAACAACGUUGAAGAGAACGUCAAAGAGAACGUCAUCGGGAUUAUUUCCAGAGGACGAAACUCAGCGGAGAUCCUGGAUUUCGAAUCCUAUAUAGAAGAUAGCACCAAUUCUCAAGAAUCAGAGAAAAUUUGGAAAAAGUUGAAUAAUAUGAAAGAAGAGAUUACGAGGUUGAAAAAAGUCAAUACUACUAUGUAUGAAUACAGUGUUAGGCAUAUCUUGAAUAAAUAUAAAUAAAUAAAAA